CUUGGAUGUGUAGCGGAAGCAAAGAUCGUAGUGCUUAUUGCCCAUCGUCAAACAACAACGAACACUAAACUGCGAACGGUGGAAAGGAACCGAGAUGGAGCGCGGACUACACGAUCGCGAUCGGGUAGGCCUGCAGGAUCAGGUGCUACUGGAGGACUAUCAAAGUGAGGAUGCGUUCAUCGACAACCUGCGGAAACGGUUUCAGGAGAACCUUAUCUAUACCUAUAUUGGCCAUGUCCUGAUAUCGGUAAACCCGUACAAGGAGCUAUCGAUCUACACCGAGAGUGACGUCAAAGAGUACCGGAAGCGACACUUUUUCGAGGCCCCGCCACAUGUGUUUGCGCUGAGCGACAACGCGUACCGCUCGCUGACGGAAGAGAACCGAGGCCAGUGUAUUUUAAUCUCGGGCGAAAGUGGCUCAGGAAAGACGGAAGCAUCGAAAAAGGUGCUACAGUUCAUAGCGGCCGCCACCGGGCACACGCACAAUGUCGAGGGUGUCAAGGAUAAGCUGCUGCAGAGCAAUCCCGUGCUGGAAGCGUUCGGCAAUGCGAAAACGAACCGUAACGAUAACUCGUCCCGGUUUGGCAAGUACAUGGAUGUGCAGUUCGAUUUUGCCGGUGUACCCGAGGGUGGUAACAUCUUGAACUAUCUGUUGGAGAAAUCGCGCGUAAUACAUCAGAGUGGGGGUGAAAGGAAUUUUCACAUCUUCUAUCAACUGCUGGCCGGAGCGGACGAUAAUCUGUUGCGAGAGUUGCAUCUGAAGCGAAAUCUGGAUACGUUCUACUAUCUAAGCGAUGGGGCUAAUGGUAAUGUGCCGAAUAUACGCGAUGCGGACAACUUCCGCAUCGUACAGAAAGCGAUGACAGUGAUCGAGAUUGUGGAUCAGGAACAGCGACAGAUUCUUGACAUUGUGGCGGCCAUACUGCAUAUGGGGAACGUUGGUUUCACGGAGGAGGAAGGCAAGGCCAAGAUCCUCAAGCCAGAAUCAGUGACGGCGAUUGCAAAGCUGCUGGGAUGCAACGAGGAGCAGCUAACGAACGCAUUCACGCACCGUACGAUCGAGGCUCGUGGAGAAAUAGUGACGAGUCCGCUGAACCGAGAUCUCGCAAUUUAUGCCCGUGACGCACUCGCAAAGGCGGUGUACGAUCGUCUCUUCACCUGGCUGGUGUCACGCAUCAACACCUCACUGCAUGCGGCCGAUCUGCCCAAGAAGAAUAGUGUGAUGGGCAUACUGGACAUCUACGGGUUCGAGAUAUUCAAGAAGAACAGCUUCGAGCAGUUCUGCAUCAACUUCUGCAACGAGAAGCUCCAGCAGCUGUUCAUUGAGCUUACGCUGAAGCAAGAGCAGGAGGAAUACUUGCGCGAAGGCAUCGAGUGGGUGCCGGUAGAGUACUUCGACAACAAGGUCAUUUGCAACCUGAUCGAAGAGAAGCACAAGGGUAUUAUUGCACUAAUGGACGAGGAGUGUCUGCGGCCGGGCGAUCCAACCGAUCUGAGCUUCCUCACGAAGAUGAACGACAACUUAGGAUCGCAUCCGCACUACAUCUGUCACAGCCGGGCAUCGACGACCGUGCAGAAAACGAUGGGUCGCGACGAGUUCCGGCUGGUGCAUUAUGCCGGUGACGUGACCUACAGUGUGCACGGUUUUCUGGACAAGAACAAUGAUUUGCUGUUCCGCGAUUUGAAGGAAGCGAUGGCCGAGUGCAGCAACGGAAUUAUUAAGAGCUGUUUCCCCGCGUCGGACAUUGGAAGCAAGCGGCGCCCGGAGACGGCCGUGACGCAGUUUAAAAAUUCGCUCAACAAUUUGAUGGACAUUCUGAUGUGCAAGGAACCCUCGUACAUACGGUGCAUUAAGCCGAACGAUCUGCAAACGCACGGACAGUUCGAUGUGGAGCUGGUGCGGCAUCAGGUCAAAUAUCUUGGUUUGAUGGAGAAUCUGCGUGUGAGGCGAGCUGGGUUUGCUUAUCGCCGUACGUACGAACUGUUCCUACAGCGGUACAAGUGCCUUAGCCGGGAAACGUGGCCACAUUACCAUGGACAAGCGAAGGAUGGUGUGCAGAUACUGGCGAAUGAGCUGGGAUACGAGAAGGAUGACUAUCGGAUGGGCAAGACGAAGAUUUUCAUUCGCUUCCCGAAAACGCUCUUCGACACGGAGGAUGCGUUCCAGGCAAAGAAACACUACCUAGCGUCGAUCAUACAGGCCCGCUGGAAGGGUCGCCGGCAGCGGCGUGCGUAUCUUGCCAUUCGCGCCAAGAUCAUCGUGGGCCAGACGUACAUUCGGCGCUAUCUAGCUAUUCAGGAGCUGAAAAGACGUCGAGAUGCGGCCUCUAAGAUACGCUUCUUCAUCAAGGGCUUCAUCACGCGGCACGAUGAACCGAACGAGUGUAAUCGAUCGUUCAUCCAACUCACCAAGCGCCACUGGUUGACGAAGCUAGCGAAAAGCCUGCCGACAUCGUUCAUGAGCCAUACCUGGAUAGCGGCACCGAAGCACUGCCAGGAGGCGUCGACGCUGUUGCGCAAGAUGCACAAACUACAUCUGGCCCGCUGCUACCGGGUGGGGCUGAAUGCGGAAAAGAAGCGUCAGCUCGAUCUGAAGGUCCUCUCGGAAUCGGUGUUCAAGAACCACAAGCGCAACUACCCGGAAAGCGUUGGACCGUGGUUUGUGGAUGAUCGCAUCGCGAAACAGCACGCUACACAAAUCUCCAACUUUACCGUCACGCAAAUGAAUGGCGAAAAAUUGCAUUACUCCACCCCGGUCGUUAAGUACGAUCGUCGAGGCUACAAACCUCGCGAACGUUUCUUCCUCCUAUCGAACAAGGCAGUGUAUCUGCUCGAUGGGAAAACGUACAAGCAGAAGCACCGGCUACCGCUGGACAAGAUCGAUUUCUGCAUCACGAACGAGCGGGAUGGUAUUAUGCUGAUCCGGAUUCCGCUCGAGCUGAAGAAGGACAAGGGCGAUCUUAUACUGGACAUUCCGGACAUCAUCGAGUGUUGCAUCUGGAUACUGGACGUUACCAAGAACCGUAGCAUCGUCAACAUCGUCGAUACGGGAUCACUGUCCCACAACCUAGUCAGAGGCAAGACUGGCGUCAUCGAAAUACAGACGGGUCCGCAGCCCAGCAUCACACGGGCAAAGAGUGGUAAUUUGUUGGUUAUUGCUGGCCAAUAAUCAGAUGCGUGCAUGAUUCCUGGGAGCAACGGGACACAG